AUGCAUGACAUCAUAUCCGAGCAGACAAGCCAGAGACCGCAAGAUGUGGCUGUCCAGUCGUGGGACGGCUCCUUGACAUAUUCGAAUCUUGACCAACUUUCGAACCGUCUGGCGCUUCAUCUGCGCUUUCUGGGAGUUGGCACUGGGGUCACGGUACCGCUAUGCUUUGAAAAGUCCAUGUGGGCUGUGGUUGCACUCCUAGCUGUUAUGAAAGCGGGCGCGGCUUUCUCAUUAACAGAUCCCAGCCAGCCUGAGGCUCGUCUCCAAACAAUUGUCGAGCAGACAGGCGCAAACCUGAUAAUUACAUCGGCGUUGCAAAGCUCUUUAGGAGCGAAAAUUGCCGCUGCAGGGACCGUCGUUUCUGUCUCCCAGUCCACAUUUGACGACCAUUUGCAGCUGUCUUCUGAGCCUCUUCCCGCCGUACCAUCAUCCUCUCUUUUGUACGUUAUUUUCACCUCGGGCAGCACCGGCAAGCCUAAAGGUGUGUCGAUAUCGCACGAAAAUUACACUAGUGGUGCGAUUCCCCGAGCAGAAGCAGUUGGCUAUAAGUCGACCUCGCGCGUCUUCGAUUUCCCAUCCUACGCCUUCGACGUCAGCAUUGAUUGCAUGCUUUGUACGUUGGCUUGUGGCGGUCAGAUCUGCGUCCCGUCCGAGCAAGGCCGUAUGAAUGAUCUGAGCGGCUCUAUUCGAGAUAGCAAGGCAAACAUGGUGCAUAUGACACCCUCCGUUGCCCGGGUUCUGGACCCCGACAUCAUCCCAUCGCUCGAUGUGCUCGGUCUCGGUGGAGAAGCGGUGUCUCCCAGUGAUGCCGCAGUCUGGAGGAAAUCUACCAGUUUAGUCAUUGCUUACGGUCCUUCGGAGUGCACGGUCGGCUGCACAAUCAAUAACAACCUCGGUUUAUCCACGGGGAUUGGAAAGGGGUUCGGAGGUACGACAUGGUUGGUCAAUCCGGAAGACCACAACAUUCUUGUCCCCAUUGGCGAAGUCGGUGAGCUGCUUAUCGAGGGCCCUGUUGUUGGAAUUGGCUACUUAGGAGAACCAGCCAAGACUGCCGAGGUAUUCAUUGAAGAUCCUGCCUGGCUCACAGCAGGCCACGCUUCUUGUCCCGGCCGACAUGGAAGACUGUACAAGACGGGUGAUUUGGUCAGAUACGAGUCGAAUCUAUCUGGAUCCAUCGAGUUUGUAGGCCGCAAGGAUCAGCAGGUCAAGCUCCGUGGACAGCGCGUCGAACUAGCGGAGGUAGAGCAUCACCUUCAGACCUGCCUGCCCGGCGGCGUCAAAGUCGCCGCCGAGGUCAUUAAGCCAGAGAAUGGAUCACCAACUUUGGUGGCAUUCCUGGUCGAAACUUCGCUGGUGAAUUCUGAAGUUGACACAAUUUUCGUUGAUCCCUCGCCAGAACUAUCGGCAGCUCUGGACGUCAUUGACGAGGCGCUUGGGGCUAAGGUACCGCGAUAUAUGGUGCCUGCUGCCUUUAUCACCCUUGCAUCAAUGCCUUCAAUGGUCUCUGGUAAGACAGACAGGAAAAAGCUUCGUGAAAUUGGCUCCGCGAUGCCUCGAUCCAAGCUCAGCAUGACGCACGCCGACCAAGGACCACAAGAGGAGCCCAGCACAUUGGCCGAGAAGAAGCUGGCGCAAGCUUGGAUUCGUGUUUUGGGGUUGCAAAGCGCUGUGUGCAAGGCCAGUAACUUCUUCGGUCUUGGAGGUGACUCGCUUCGCGCUAUGAAGCUGGUUGCGGCGGCACGAGAAGAAGGCCUGGCAUUGACAGUAGCCGACAUCUUCGGUAGUCCGACACUGUCUCUCAUGGCAAGCAAGACCACGGAUAUGUCAUCAAAAACCCUAGCGGAUAUUAAGCCGUUCUCACUCCUUCCUGAAUCUUGGGGUGAAGAGACCGCCCGGAAGGAGGUUGCCUUGCUGUGUGGUAUCGAGCCGGGCCUAGUGGAGGAUAUCUACCCUUGCACGCCACUCCAGGAAGCACUUAUGGCACUCUCUAGUAAGGUGAAAGAAGCAUAUGUUGCUCAGAGAGUUGUUGUGUUGAAAGAUGACGAAACUGCCUUGAAACUCAUCGCAGCAUUUGACGCAGCGUCACAAGGAAGUCCGAUUUUGCGGACACGAAUUGUGCAGGUCCCUGGUCAUGGACUUGUUCAGGUUGUCGUCAACGAUAAAUUCCAGUACUUUACUGGCACCAAUGUUGCCGACUACCUGGUUUCCGAUCGGGAUACAGCAAUGGAUCUUGGCAGCCCUCUGAUCCGAUGGGCCAUCAUCAACGAUAUCGAUUCCAAUACUGUUUCCUUCGUCUUGACAAUGCACCAUGCCUUAUAUGACGGCUGGGCGAUGCCUCUCAUUGUAGAGCGCAUUAACCAAGCUUAUCAGGGCCAAGCUAUGUCGCGGCCUGCAGAGUUCAAGCACUUCAUCAAGUACCUCUUGGAAAAGGACGGCGCGGAGUCCGAGGAAUAUUGGAGGGAUCAACUGCAGGACACUUAUCGCUUGCAGUUCCCGACACUUCCUCAUGAAGGGUACCAGACCCAGGCAAACGAGCUGCUGGAAGAAUACGUCUCGCUGGAAGGCUUGCCCAAGUCCAAUGCUACCCUGGCCACCGUCAUACGGGGCGCAUGGGCAAUUGUGGCAUCGCAGUACAUCAACAGCUCCGACGUUGUCUUUGGCGAGACACUAACAGGACGAAAUGCGCCGGUAUUGGGCGCUGAGGAAAUUGAGGGACCGAUGAUCACUACUGUACCAGUUCGUGUGCAAAUUGAUCGCAAAGCACAGGUUGGAGAAUUCUUGCAGUCCAUCCAGGAACAGACCAUCGACCAAAUCUCUCACGAGCAUUUUGGUCUGCAGCAUAUUCGACGAUUGAGCCCUGAUGCCCGAGAAGCCUGUGAACUUCGAACUGGUCUUGUGCUGCACCCAAGCACAGAUGCAGAUGCAUCAACUCUGGAUACAUCCCUACCUGCAAACUGUCUAGUUCCUGCCGGUGAUGCUGAAGCCGCCCAGGAGGCCCUCAAGUUCAACACAUAUGCUCUCAUGUUGGUGUGCUCCAUCGACCCUAAGGGAUUCCUGGUCAUGGCAAGCUUCGACUCCAGGACAGUUGAUAAAGUCACGAUGCAGCAAGUCUUGACUCAGUUCAAACACGUCUCGCAGCAGCUUGCUCAGAGCACGACCUCAAUAAUUGCCGACAUCAACCCUUUGUCUGACGCCGACACUGCAGCACUCCGCGGUGCAAUCGCAACCACGCACGAGGACCCCACGAUGAAUGUUUACGAGGGCGCAUCAGCUGCGUACAUUGUUCGGUCUGAUGAUCCUAGCAGAGUUAUCCCCGUUGGUGCCAUCGGUGAACUAGCCAUACAAACAUCCAAGCCAGCAGAGCUCCAGCCACUAGCUCGUCCACAAUGGCUAGCGGAGCUUGGCCUGUCCAUAUCCACGGAUGAGUUGUAUCUGACCGGAAAACUAGCCAAGUAUGACGCCGCGGGCAUGAUACACAUUAUCGGGGACAAGGCUGCCAUAGGUGUUGCGGGUGAACCUACCGAUAAGAAGCCUAGGGUGUCUGCAACAUCUCAGCGCCAGCGAGGACUUCGAGCGCUAUGGAGCCGCGUGCUGCGUAUUCCAGAGACGGAGAUUGGACUGGAGGACAACUUCUUCCUGCUCGGCGGUGAUUCAAUUUCGGCCAUGAAGCUUGCCUCCGAGGCUCGGCCAGAUGGUAUUCGCCUCACCGUUGCGCAGAUGUUCAGCAACAAGACUUUGGAAGAAAUGGCCGCAGUGAUGGAAUACAGCGAACAAGAGGUGAGCAGUGCAGAAGGGUCUACCGGCUUCGUUGUUGAGCCAUUCGCCCUUCUUGAUGACAUUGGUGACAAGAGCGCUUUUGUUACCGACGUGGUUAGCCCGCAGCUCGAGGAUAAGUCGUGGACGGUCGCCAAUGUGCUCCCAACACGAUUCUUACAGCAGAUUGCCGUUCGGGGAACGACGAAAAAGCCUCGAUUCUCCGCACGCUAUGAGCUCAUCUUCUUCGAGGAAGAAGUCGACUUGCCUCGUUUGCGUCGAAGCUGCCAAGACCUCAUUGCGCACAACGAGAUUCUCCGGACAGUGUUCGUUGAGAGCGCGGGACGAGGAUACGCUGCCGUUCUUGACUCUCUCGUCGCGCCAUUUGAAGAGUACGCAUACACCAAUCCAGCCGAAACUCUAUCAUCAUUUACCAAAGACAUUUGCCGCGCUGAUGUUGAGAAGCCCAUGCCGCUCGGCUCGAGCUUCGUCAAAUGGCUUUACGUGUACGAUCCCCAGAGCCCGGCGUCGUGCAGCUGUCUCGUCUUCCGCAUUUCCCACGCACAAUACGAUGAGAUGUGCCUCCCGAUCCUGCUUCGCCAGCUCUCCGCUCUCUACACCCACGAGAAGGCUCCGGAGCCUUCGCUACCCUUCUCCGCAUACGUCUCCCGCGUGCUGAAGCAUGCCAUCCCCGCCAGUAUUCCUUAUUGGAGGGAACUUCUCGCCGACUCUACCAUAACCACCCUCCGGCCAGAUAUACCCCUCAUUAAUCGCAGACACUUCGCCAUUGAGCAAAGCCUAGACAUCUCCAUGCGGAAUCGCGAAGUCACUGUGGCAUCGCUACCCACCGCCGCAUGGGCGCUGUGCCUCGCGCGUCGCCAAGGCCUGCGGGAUGUCGUGUUUGGCGAAGUCGUCAGCGGUCGUAGCAUUGGCAUUGCUGGUGCAGACGCCGUGGCCGGGCCGUGCUGGCAGUACGUGCCACUGCGGGUGCGCAUGGACGCGUCCUGGACAGGUGCUGAUUUACUCGCGUUCGUGCAACAGCAGCAUAUCGAAAGCGCAGGGCAUGAAGGCAUCAGUCUGGAGGAGAUUGCCGACUUGUGUAGCCCAGGGUGGGAAAAGCAAAAGAGUAUGACGGGGGAAGAGGGGCUGGAGCAGUGGUGGUUCGAUACGGUAGUGCAUCAAGAUGUGUCGCACGUGGCGUCGCGUGAGAAGACGGAAGAAGAGGCCGGAAAUAGAUAUGAGACGCUGUAUGUUCACGAGGAGCCGCUACGCGAGUGGAAGAUACAAGCAUUUGUUGCCGAGGGUGGCAACAAAAUGACGCUGGAGAUUGUGACUUUUGAGAGCUGGGGAGGUUACGCCAAGGAGCUGUUGGGAGACCUGGUGGCUGUAAUGGAAGGUUUGGUGCAGAGAGCGGAUGAAAAAUUGUUUGCAGACGAUGCUGAAUCUCGAUGA